AUGCUUGCUUUUCUCCUUAUUCUUCCAAUUAUUCUGGCUAUACCAUGCAAUGUCAUCAUAGUGGAUGAGUAUGGGCUUUCGCUCAAUUUGAACCGAUCAGUUGCGAUCGACCAAUGCCUGGAGCGUUUUGCUCCCAAAGACUACCUUUUGGCACUGCCGCAAACUACAGAAAAUGAGAAAGUGUUACAGGACAUUUUGGAAACCGUCGCGGAAGCAGAUACCGAUCUCAUUGCUAGGUUUUUCGCUAUAAUUCAUUACUACGGCUUCGACAACUCUAUUGCAGCACUAACCAAUCCUCCAAAGCUCAAUGUUCUCUACUCCAAAAUGAUGAAGGCGUACGGUCGGGAUGGCACGCUGGACGACAUUGCGGAGUGCGCGGAGUUCAAACCUGCACAAAAUCACAGUUUUUCGCUAAAUGCCAUCCCCGUAUAUGAGAAAAUGGGCAUGAUAUCAUAA